UCGGAAUCAUUUGCCAUACAAACGAGGAGUGCCUUAUGACAACAACUAUAUCAACUACGACAAGAUAAGUGCAGGAGACGCCUACCAUGCCUCCUCCUCAAAUAAAACAAGAUAUCAACCGCUCCGGCUGGGAAACAACAGACUUCCCCUCCGUCUGCGAAUCAUGCCUGCCCGACAACCCUUACGUCCAAAUGCUCAAGGAGGACUACGCUGCUGAAUGCAAAAUAUGUACUCGCCCAAUGACGAUGUUCCAGUGGAAACCAGACCGCACAGCACGCACAAAACGGACAAACAUUUGCCUAACAUGCGCCCGGUUGAAGAACUGCUGCCAGUGCUGCAUGUUAGAUCUCUCCUUCGGCUUGCCCAUCGUUGUUCGAGACGCGGCGUUGAAGAUGGUGGCUCCCGGUCCACAGAGCUCAAUAAACAGAGAAUACUACGCGCAGGAACACGAGAAGGAGAUCGAGGAAGGAAGAGGGGCUGUGGAGGAAUAUGCUAAGACCGAUGAGAAGGCUAGAGACUUGUUACGAAGACUGGCGAAUAGCGAACCGUACUACAAGCGACAGCGAAGGAUGGAUAACAGCAACAGGGAGAACGAAGAGCAGCAGGGGAGGGAAGGCUCAGGACAGAGACAAAUAGGAUACGGACCAGGGCCAAGCACGGGAGGAUCUACGCCAGGACCCAUUCGAACCAGCGAUAUUAGACGUGGUGGGCCGCAUGGUUGUGGAAGAGGGGCGGGGAUGCGGCGUGGGCGCGGUCGUGGUGGUGGACGAGGAUUCCCUAGCGUCGCCCAACUUCCCCCAGGGCCUCAAGACAUCCUCCCGCCCGAUGACCCCAACAUAACCUCCCUCUUCAUCACCGGCGUCGAAGACGACCUCCCCGAACACGCCCUCCGCACCUUCUUCACCGAAUUCGGAACCCUGCGCUCCCUCAUCUGCUCCCACCGCUCACACUGCGCCUUUGUCAACUAUGCCACGAGGGAGGCUGCGGAAAAAGCAGCGAACCAUUGUCAAGGCAAAGCAGUGAUACAGGGCUGUCCAUUGCGUGUACAGUGGGGUAAACCGCGGCCCUUGGAUAAUAUGGAGAGGGAGGAGAGGAUGCGAUAUGCACGGCAGGGACGUACGGCGGUUGCUCCUAAGAGGAACACGGGCGCAGGUGGUGCGGGUAAGGCUGCUAAUGAAGCUGCUCAGGGUGGGAACGCUGGAGCAGUUGGGCAGGAGGAACGGAAGCAACCGUCGUAUGCCGUCGCCCCACCACCGGGGAGUGGGGAUGUGCAGUAUGCUAGUUUGGCGGGCGAUUGAUAUCACUAUGAGCGGCUUUUCAUGGGUUAUUUGGCGUUUGUCAAUACUUUUCUUGCUUUCAUCGGUUGGAUUUUGGGAUCAUGGGAAAUGUGUAAUCUUUUCCUUUUUGUGUAAAUUAUAUACAAGCGGGUGCCGUUGUCGUUUUUCUAUGCAUAUCUUACACAUCGCACUCUCGCUCAAAUGUAACAGACAGAUACCCUCAAAAAUUAGUGUACAAAAAUCCCGGCCAUCCCCACCGUAUCUGUAUCAUGAUUAGGGUAUAUCCAACCUCCAAACUCCCAUCAGUCAAAGGCCCAGUGACAUACAUCUCGUUUCCAGAAAUACCUUACCUGCCGUCCAAGACCACGCCCGGUGCGACUAUGUAUCAGGGAUUCUUCCGAGUUCCUCCCUCGAUUAACAUCCGUAACUCAUAUUUAUGUAUUAGGCCACCGGUUCUCACGACUGCGUGUUCGAACACGUCUUCCCAACCGCGACCUUAACUUUCUUAUUUUUCCCCGCCGUCUUAAUGGUAUCAUUAUCACCGCGCUCGAUGUGUUCGUGGAUUCGCAAUUCUACAACGUCAACACGUCAAUACGUCAGCAUACUAUUCACCUCUUUUCCUUCCUUUCCUUACUUCCAUGGUCCUCGUCAGCACACCGCAACCAACUCACGGCAAGCAACCCGAGAAAACCCCAAUCCCCCCAACAGCAUACGAUACGAACAGAAAUAUAUAACAUACCAUAUCGAUCCGUAUCCUCCCCAGCAUCAGAAACUUUAAUCCCCUGCACAACAUUCGUCCUCAAUAUCUCUGCCGUCUCGACUGCAUGCUGGAUGCGCAUGGGUGUAUCCACACCCAGUUCGCGGUGUUGGUCGAACUGUUUUCGCGCUUCAGCGCGAGCAGCAUGGAGGGUUGUAAAGUCACCUGUGGGGGGGCUUGGAUGUUAGUUAAGCUAGAGGGUAGAUAGUGAGUUACAUAUACAGCUGGGGGGGUUAUGUUACCGUGGAAGGCAAUGCGAGUUGCCCGGAGGAGGAGGCGGUAGGCGCCUAGAGCGGUGGGGACGGGUGUUGCAGCCAUGAUCGGGAGUUAUAUAUUACUUUUCGCUAUGUAUAUCCUCGGUGAAUAAUAGAUAGCGGGUGUAAUAGGCGUUAAUGCAUAAAAGGCUAGAAAUGGCCAAGAAUCACCAGAUUAA